GAUUGUUGUUGUCAAAAUUUAAAGGGGGAGACGGGAUUCCGAACCGUCCGCUCGGCUGGACCUUUGUGCGUGUACAGUUAGCUACGAAAAGAAUAAGUAGAAAAACAUACAGUGUGUAAAUCUUACGAAGAGGGCGAGUGUAUAUAAGGAACAGAAAUCCAACAUUAGAGUGCCAACCACAAAGAACAAGCAUGAGCUCCAAGGGGAGCAGCACUGCCUUGUCCCGCCGAAACUACCGUCUGGCCCCUGACACAGACAAGCCCAAAGUGGCAGGCAUUGUCAAUGAGAAGCUGCUGAGUGACUACCUGUACCAUGUCUUCCCCCCCUCCAAUAAGCACAGUGUUCCCUCUGCGGCUUUCAGGAAAACCCUGACCUUCCAGGACCUUGGGGCCCACCUGGAGCGGCUGCUGUCUGAGGGAGAGGCUGCGGAGGACACUAGAGAUCAGGUGAUUGAUGGGCGUCUCGGCCCCCCCACUGUUGUCCUGGACCACACCAGUGGCUUUGAGGGGCUCCUUUUUGUAGAUGAUGACCUUUUGGGGGUCAUCGGCCAUAGCAAUUUCAGCUCUAUCAGAGCCACUACCUGUGUCUUCAAAGGAAAGUGGGUCUAUGAGGUACUUAUCUCCUCCCAAGGAUUGAUGCAGAUCGGGUGGUGCACCCUGAACUGCAGGUUCAACCAGGAGGAGGGUGUGGGUGACACGCCGGACUCGUACGCGUACGAUGGAAACCGAGUACGCAAGUGGAAUGUCACAACCACUAACUACGGCAAGUCGUGGGCUGCUGGUGAUAUUGUGAGCUGCUUGAUAGACCUGGAUGAGGGGACCAUAACCUUUUGCCUAAAUGGGCAGUCCCUGGGCACAGCCUUCAGUAAUAUUAAGACGGGUCCUGGCAUUGCCUAUUUCCCCGCCAUUAGCCUGUCCUUCAAGGAGUCGGUGGCAUUCAACUUUGGCAGCCGCCCACUUCGAUACCCUGUGGAGGGCUACCUGCCCCUGCAGAACCCCCCCACUGCUGACCUCGUCAAAGCAAACAGGCUGCUGGGUUACAUCAAGACCGUGCUAUCCACUACAAUAGACACACAGGAGGGGAAGCUGCUGGAGAAGGACAGUUCAGGCUGGCAGCUGCAGGGGGAGCCCACAGUCCUGGUCACACUAGCUCACAUCUUCAACUACUUCGCUCCCCUUAUGUGCAAGGUAUACCUGGUGGAGGACGUCCUCAUGAACUUCCUGCUCAGUAUCCUGGAGGGCGGCGGGUCAGUGGAAGAACACCCCCUCAUCCAGCAGCUCUUGGACCUCUUCUGGCUGCUCAUGGAGGACCAUGAGGUGAAUGAGUGCCUGAAGCAGCUGAUGAUGUCCCUGCUGAGGGCCUACAGGUUCUCCCCCAUCAUCCCCGACCUGGGCUUCCAGAUUCAUUACUUGCGCUUGACAGCUGCGAUCCUUCGCCAUGAGAAGUCCAGGAAGUACCUUCUUAGCAAUGUCUUGUUCGACGUGCUGCGCUCUGUGGUGUUCUUCUACAUUAAGACUCCUCUGCGGGUGAAGGAGGCCGGGCUGGAGGAGCUCAUCCCCACCACCUGGUGGCCGACGCGCUUUGACAAGGAGGGCAGGGACGAGCGGGAGCCGAGGGAGGAGAGCGCAGAGGAGCGGCUGAGGCGCCGGGCUUACGAGCGCGGCUGCCAGAGACUCAAGAAGAGGAUCGAAGUGGUGGAGGAGCUGCAGGUCCAGAUCUUGAGGCUGAUGCUCAACAACAAGGACAAAGGGACGGGGGAGGCCUCUCGGUACAUAUUCCUGAAUAAAUUCCGCAAGUUCCUUCAGGAGAACGCCAGCAACCGCGGGAACCCCACGGUGCUGUGCCCCCCGGAGUACAUGGUCUGCUUCCUGCAUCGCCUCAUCACCGCCAUCAGGGGCUACUGGGACGAGGGAAAGAGGAAGAGCCCCGGCACUGUCAGCAGCGAAGAGGCCUAUGUCCCUCCACAGCUCUUCUACAAUGGCAAAGUAGAUUAUUUCGACCUGCAGCGUCUUGGAGGGCUCCUCUCUCACCUCAAAAAAACUCUCAAAGAUGACCUUGCAUCCAAAGCCAAUAUCAUCAUUGAUCCCUCUGAGAUCCAGGCCACUUCGAUGGAUGACCUAGACGAGGAUGAGGAGAGCGGAGCCGCUCAGCAGCGGCCUUUUGGCGCGGCAGCUAUGGGGGGCGCCCUGGCUCGGCCGAGCUGGCUGAGCUCUCCAACUUUGGGGAGAGCCAAUCGCUUUCUCAGCACCGCAACCGUCAGCCUCAUGACUCCUCGCCGGCCUCUGGCCCCGCCAGAAAAGGUCAAAGUUCGCACCCUGGCAGUGGAACAGAGGACAGAGGAGGACAUCGAGGGAAGCCAUGGUAACGAUGGGCUGUUGCUGGGGCGACCGCUGGAAGAGCCUGACCAGCCAAUCACAGAGAAGUCCCUACUGGAGAUUCUGGACGGUAUUGUGAUGAUGUACAACCUGAGUGUUCAUCAGCAGCUGGGCAAGAUGGUUGUGGUGUCGGAUGAUGUCCAUGAAUACGCUGUGGCUCUGAAGGACACAGAAGAGAAGAUAGCACGCUGUCCAAGUAGGAGACCAGACAUCCUGGAGGAGUUACAGAAGAGCCAGAAGGUUUUCUCAGAGAAGCUGAACCACCUGAGCCGGAGGCUGGCCUGGAUCAAUGCCACCAUCUACUCCAAGGAGAAGAUGCUGGACGUGUAUUGGCUGCUGCGCGUGUGCAUCCGCACCAUCGAGCACGCGGACAACACCGGCUCCCUGUUCGCCUUCGCCCCCGAGUUCUACCUCAACGUGGCCAUGAACAGCUACAGCGCACUUAAGAACUACUUCAGCCCCUCCAACAGCAUGGAGGAGCUGCCAGGCUACGAGGACACGCUCACCCAGCUCGCUGCGAUCCUGGCCAAGCACUUUGCAGACCCCCGCAUCGUGGGAACAGAUAUCAAAGACUCUCUGAUGCAGGCCCUGGCCAGUUAUGUGUGUUACCCACAAUCCCUCAGGGCUGUGGAAAGGAUCCCAGAGGAACAACGGGUGGCCAUGAUGAGAAACCUUCUGGCCCCCUACGAGCAGCGGCCCUGGGCUCAGACCAACUGGAUCCUGGUGCGGCUGUGGAGGGGCUGUGGGUUCGGGUACAGGUACACACGCCUACCCCAUCUGCUCAAAACCAAACCUGAGGACGCCAACCUGCCCAGCCUGCAGAAGCCCUGCCCCUCCCUCCUGCUCCAGAGGCACAUGGCAGAGCUGCUGAGCCAGGACAAAGACAUGGCGGCCAGCUUCCUCAACAGCGUCCUCAACCAGCUCAACUGGGCCUUCUCCGAGUUCAUCGGCAUGAUUCAGGAGAUCCAGCAGGCGGCGGAGCGGCCGGAGCGCAACUUUGUGGACACCCGGCAGCUGAAGGUGUGCGCCACUUGCUUCGACCUGUCAGUCAGCCUGCUGCGAGUGCUAGAAAUGACUGUUACCCUGGUGCCUGAAAUCUUCCUGGACUGGACCCGCCCCUCCGCUGAGCUGCUGCUCCGUCGAUUGGCUCAGCUUUUAAACCAGGUGCUGAAUCGUGUGACCGCAGAGAGGAACCUGUUUGACCGAGUGGUCAACCUUCGCCUCCCAGGGCUGGAGAGUGUGGACCACUACCCCAUCCUGGUGGCUGUGACUGGCAUCCUGGUGCGCAUCCUGGUGGACUCCGACAGGCAGGGGGUGUCCAGGGCAGCUGCGGUCCUGCUGUCUGACCCCUGCUUCCAGCUGCACUCCAUACAGCACCUCCUGGGCAAGAGCGAGACGGCUACUGGAGGGGGUCCCCCACCGCCCUCCGAUCGCAAGCACUUUUCCCUGCAUGCCUACACUGAUUACAUCAGCGCAGAGGAGGAGCAGAAGGUGGAGCAGAUGUUGACCUUCUUGACAGAGGAAUCCAAGCAGGCAGCGGCCAGUGCAGCACCCACCAGCGAGGAGGACCUUUGUCCUAUCUGCUAUGCACAUCCAAUCUCUGCCAUCUUCAAGCCCUGCUCCCACAAGUCCUGCAAAGCCUGUAUUAACCAGCAUCUGAUGAACAACAAGGACUGCUUCUUCUGCAAGGCCACCAUCACUGGCGUGGAAGACUACAGCAAGCCGGCCUCCUCUUAGCACCCCUCCCGAGAGCAUACACCAGACGGAGGGGCUGCCUCACACACAUGCAGCAUACACACCGCACCUCUCCCUCACACUCGCAUACAAACA